AUGGCCCUAGGUGCCUUGGAGCUGGAUGCUGCCCGCUGGGGCUGGGACGUGGAUGGGGACGAGGACUGGGACAAUGCCGUGCUGACCCUGCUGGCGCUGGCUGUGGUGGCUGCCACAGCGCUGGCCGUGCACUGGUUUGGCUCCGGGCAGGACCAGGAGGCAACAGAAACAGUGCCUGCAGCCCUUCAGGCCCAGCUUCCUCAGGCAGAAGGACAUCCACUAGCCCUGUACCCGAAGACCAAGGUCAGUGGUGGCAUCAAGAGACCAGGGCAGGGGAAGUCAGACCCUCCAGGAUGCAACCAGGGAGGGCCUGUUGCUGUUGGGGCCCAGGGCCAGGAGCCCCCUGGUGGGGAAGGCCCCACCACCACAGCAGGGCCUGCACCCCAAAUGCCUGGCAAGGUGGCCAGCAGUGCAGCCCUUGGACAGCAGUGUGACAAUGGUGCCUCAGAACCCCCUGGAGGCCCAGGAAGGCAAUCUCCUGGGCCAGGUACUGCCGCUUUGGGAAGAAGCAAAGCAGGGGUGAUGUCCGGCCCCAUCCUGAUCCACUUCACACCUCGGGAUCCUAGAGGAGAAGCAGAGGCAGGGGCAGUUCCCUCCAAGGAGCCAGUGCACCAGGCCCCCGGCCCCUGGCAGCCAACAGUGGGACCACCUCGUCCAUGGGGGAGAGGUCGCAGCAGCCGGCGGCGGCAGGUGAACACCACCUCAGGAGACAGGCCCUGCCGCUCCCCCCGGCCAGACCCCCUGAGGCUGGGCACUGUGGUGAGUGUGUGGGACACUGUGGAUGCUGCCGCUGUGGACACCCCUGCCUGCAGGCUGCUGGCAGGCUCCCAGCCACCCCCUUCAUCUCAGGGACCUACUCCUCAGAUGCUGCCCACGCCACACACCAUGCAGGCUGGGCCCCUGGCUAAUGGCUCAGAGAAAGGCACAGCCCCCAGCCUCGAGCCAGGGCGCGGGACUCCGAUGGGGCAGGCAACAUGGGCUGCCGCCGGGGGGCUGGCUGAGGACCCCCACCAGCCGCAACCCGAAGGCUCCCAGACCGACCGGUCUCCCAUCGCAGGCCCAGCGCUGGGCCCGGGUGGAGCCGGAGUCGAGGGGCAAGGCGGGGGCCGGCCUCUGGCCCGCGCCGCCGAGCCCCGGCCAAGCCCCCGGCCCAGGAAGCGCAGCCUGUGCGAGGCGGCCACAAGCUCUGGGCCGGCGGCGGGCGGCGUGGCUGCCCCCGGGCAGCACCAGGCAGGGGCGCAGGGACAGGAGACCGGGCAGGCCGGCCGCGGGGACGCCCUCACCGAGCAGCAGAGGGAGGCCCGCAGGCUCCUGGUCUUUCUGCGGAGGCCCCGGGGCUGGGGCACCCGGUCCCCGGAGCUGCCGGCCACGGAGGCGGCGCUGCGGCGGCGGCUGGACCUGGGCAGCUGCCUGGAGGUGCUGGCUUUCGCCCAGCAGCACGGCGCGCGCGGCCUGGCCCAGGACACCUACGCUGUGAUGAGUGACAAUCUGCUGCACGUGCUUGGGGACCCGCACCUGUACCGGCAGCUGGGCGGCGCCGAGCGCGAGCGCAUCGUGAGCCUGCGGACCAGCCGCGGCCCGGCCGUGCUGGGGGUCCUGCUGCUGCCCAGCCCCUACCUGGUGAGCCGCCGGGGGGUCCCCGGCGCCGCCAGAGGCCCCGAGGCGCCGCUGCCUGGCACACAGCUGCAUGUGUUUAACCCCGGAGACAACACGUGGCGGCCCCUGACGCGGGUGCCCGCGGAGGUGCCUCUGCGGGGCUGCGGCCUGUGCACCAUGCACAACUACCUGUUCCUGGCGGGGGGCAUCCGCGGCUCGGGGGCCAAGGCCGUCUGCUCCAACGAAGUCUUUUGCUACAACCCCCUGACAGACAUCUGGAGCCAGGUGCGGCCCAUGCAGCAGGCCCGAGCCCAGCUCAAGCUGGUGGCCCUGGACGGGCUGCUCUACGCCAUCGGGGGCGAGUGCCUCUACAGCAUGGAACGCUACGACCCCCGUACGGACUCCUGGGCCUCCCGCGCGCCCCUCCCCGCAGGCACCUUCCCUGUGGCGCAUGAGGCUGUGGCCUGCCGUGGGGACAUCUACGUCACAGGGGGGCACCUCUUCUACCGCUUACUCAGGUACAGUCCCGCCAGGGAUGCGUGGGACGAGUGCCCCUACAGUGCCAGCCACCGGCGCUCGAGCGACAUGGUGGCGCUGGGCGGCUUCCUCUACCGCUUUGACCUCCUGCGGGGCGUGGGCGCUGCGGUGAUGCGCUACAACACCGUGACGGGCUCCUGGAGCCGCGCCGCCUCUCUGCCACUGCCGGACCCUGUGCCCCUGCGCUGCACCGUGCUGGGCAGCACCAUCUACUGCCUCAACCACCAGGUCACUGCCACCUUCACCGUCUCCGACGCCACUGCGCAGUUCGAGGCCAAGGAGCUGCGGCCCUGCCCGGUGGGGAGUAAAGGGGUCCUCUGCCCGUUCGUCCUGACCCUGCCCCCAGCAGACCAGCUGCAGACGGUGCUCUGA